AUGGCAGGCUUCGUGGCUAUGAUCGCAGUCUUCGCUGUGGUUCUGGUUGAAAUGUUCUUUGCGAUGAAGGGUGCCGGCCACGUGCACGCCAAUGAUUAUGAUACCCUCAUGGGAGAUAUGGGCCGUGAUUCUAUGGAUGACUUCCAGCACCAGGACUCGAGCUAUGCGCAUUUGGGGGCCCGGACACCGUCUGGCAAUAUUCUCAUGGAGGGAUUACGACAUGAGGACCACGGGGAUGCUGAAAGGGCUUCCGGCUCUUCACGCGAGUUUAACCGGUCACCUCUUGGUGGUUCUCAUCCGGAUAAGGAGGAUGAGGAUGACGACGGUGAUAUUGAGGGACUCGACCCGUAUGCGGAUGAUGUUCCCAUCAAUGGACAGGCGCAACAGUCAGGUCCUCAUCACCGUCACCGGGCACGGACGAAUCCUAACUAUAGGGCCCAAGAUGAGAUGGCCUCGCCGAUGCAGAACCCGCAACGGCAGCUUCUCCAGUGUCUUCUCUUGGAAGCCGGUAUUCUAUUCCACAGUAUCUUCAUCGGUAUGGCUCUCAGCGUCGCAACGGGCACGUCAUUUGUCGUUCUCCUUAUUGCCAUCAGUUUCCAUCAAACCUUCGAAGGGUUUGCCCUGGGCUCUCGCAUUGCCUCUCUCAUCCCCGAUCUCUUCUCGCCGUCUUCCGCAAAGCCGUGGCUCAUGUGCCUAGCAUACGGAACGACUACUCCUAUCGGCCAAGCCAUUGGCCUUGUUUUACACAAUCUGUACGACCCCGCUAGUACAACGGGUCUGCUCAUGGUGGGUAUCACCAAUGCGAUCAGUAGUGGUUUGCUGCUCUUUGCGGGUCUGGUGGAGUUACUUGCCGAGGACUUCUUGAGUGAGUCGAGUUAUGAAACUCUCAAGGGUAGACGGCGUGUUGAAGCUUGUAUAUCAGUUGCCUGCGGAGCUCUCCUGAUGGCUUUCGUUGGGGCUUUUGCCUAG